CAACCCUUACCACGCAGUCACCAACCCCACGGGAAUGGUGAACCUCGGAGCAUCCGUGAACAGCAUGAUGAAGAAGGAACUCGAGCAGCGUCUGAACGCGCCCGAUGUACUUGUGUUCAAGCCUGCACAGCACCAGCACUACUACGACUUCACAGGCUCGGCACCUCUGCGUCACGCCCUGAGUGCCUUCCUCUCCAGGCAUUUCGCUCAGGGCAGGCCUGUGCCACCUAACCAGCUAGUCGUGAUGAAUGGGGUGACGUCAUGCCUUAACUGCCUCGGCUUCGCGUGUUGUGACGCUGGAGACGUGGGCCUCACCACUACGCCCGUCUACGGCAAGAUCUUCACCGACUUCCAAGAACGGGACAAUCUCGACAUGCGCGCCCUGCAUCUGCUGCCAAAGGAUGUUGCGGGAACGACUGAGGACUUUACGGUGACCGCAGCACUGCUGGAAAGCCGGCUGCAGGAACUGCAACUGGAAGGGAAGAGAGUGAGGCUUAUAGUGCUUAUCAACCCUCACAAUCCCCUGGGAAACGUGUGUCCCUCCCAUCUAUUUCUCGACCUGCUCAAGGUGUGCGCAAGGUAAGAAAUAUGUAUUCGAAAAUGUGUGCUAAAUCAUCUAAAAU